AUGAAUUUUCGAGCAACAUUCUUGAUUGGUUUUCUGCUUGUGGUAGUAGCAGUAGCAUUUCCAUCUGACGAAAACAGAUCAAAACGUGACGUCAUGGAUUCCGUGAAAAGUGCUACGAAUGAUGCGUCAAAGGCGAUAAGUGACGCGGGCGACGCUGUUGUUGACGCGGUCAAGCCAACAGAGAAGAGUGCUAAAGAUAAACUUGUAGACGGUGUUAAAAAUAUUGGUCAAUAA